GCGAGGAGAGGGGAGAAGAGCGAGGAGGGAGAAGGAAGGAAGAAGAGAGAGGAGGAAGAAGAGGAAGCCCAAGGAGGCGACGCAGGGCAGGAAGCCUUGGAGAGGACGGCAGCAGUGCGGCAGCCCCGAAGGCCAGCGUGGAGACCCGCGCCGCCUCCCUACUCCGCGGACGGUGACGGCCCGCCGCGGCCACAGCCCCCAAGCCCGUCUCCGCAGGAAUCAUGCCCAGGUCCUUCCUGGUCAAGAAGGUCAAACUUGAUACGUUCUCUUCGGCAGACCUCGAGAGCUCCUACGGGCGCGCCCGCGGCGACCUCGGAGUGCGGCUGCACGAUAAAGGAUACCUCAGCGACUGUGUGGGGCCCGCUUCUGUCUACGAUGGCGAUGCCGAAGCGGCGCUGCUCAAAGGGCCGUCCCCGGAGCCCAUGUACGCUGCGGCGGUGCGGGGAUGCGGCAAGACGUACGCCACGUCGUCGAACCUGAGCCGCCACAAGCAGACGCACCGCAGCCUGGACAGCCAGCUGGCGCGGCGCUGCCCGACGUGCGGCAAGGUGUACGUGUCCAUGCCGGCCAUGGCCAUGCACCUGCUCACGCACGACCUGCGCCACAAGUGCGGCGUGUGCGGCAAGGCCUUCUCGCGGCCUUGGCUGCUGCAGGGCCACAUGCGCUCGCACACCGGCGAGAAGCCGUUCGGCUGCGCGCACUGCGGCAAGGCCUUCGCCGACCGCUCCAACCUGCGCGCGCACAUGCAGACGCACUCGGCCUUCAAGCACUUCCAGUGCAAGCGCUGCAAGAAAAGCUUCGCGCUCAAGUCCUAUCUCAACAAGCACUACGAGUCGGCCUGCUUCAAGGGCGGCGCCGGCAGCGGCGUCCCCGCGGCCCCCGCAGCGCCGCAACUCAGCCCUGUGCAGGCCUAGAGCGGGGCCUCGCCAGCCAGGUCGGCUCUCAGCAAUACAGGCCAGGGGCGUCUCCGCCGGCUUCCGGGCGGGGGGGCCGGAGGGCGGGCCCCUCCUCACAGCAAUAGGGGGAGGGGGCCGGCCCCACCCCGCCCCGCCCGCCAGGGCCCUUGUGGGCCCCUUCAAGCAAUAGGGUCCCGAGGGGAGACCCACUCCAAGCCCCUCCCUCCCCUCCAGGGUGCCCCAGGCUUUCUCCCAGCAAUAGGGUCUACUAGACCCAGAACCGAACCUCAUCUCCCAGUUGGGUCUCUGAUGAUUGGGGGUGGGGUGAGGUAGGGAGCGCCCUCCUUCUCCGUCCUCUGCGCCCCUGGGUCACGUCGCAGAGACUCAGGUCUUCCCCUCCCUUUCCCAAGCCUUCCAGGGCCGGCCCGCGGCCCCGACGUCCAGGGAGCCAGCCCCUCCCAGGCAGCAGGCCGGGAGGGGAGCAGGGGAGGUGCGGCCUGCAGAGGCGUCCGCGACUCCGCAGCUGUCCCCGAACUCCGGGAGUAUAAGACGCGUUGGGGACGGGGAGGGGGGCGGACGGCGGCAACCCCCUUCCUCGGGCUCCUUCCGGAGCCAGUCCGAGCCGCCCUCCUACCCUCGCCACGCACCCUCUGCCAAAUCCGAAUUCUUCCAGCCCAGCUUCCGGGGCUCUGUCCUCCAUAACGAAGCACAAUGACGCAUAUCGAA